CGGCGGGCGGGACGGGCCGGAGGCGGAGCCCGCGUGUCCCGAUCGCCGCUCCGGGCAGCAGCGGGGAGCGCGGGCCCGCCGGCCGCGGCGGCACGAUGCUGCUGUUCGUGGAGGAAGGGGUCUGGAGGAGGGAAAAUUUCCCUUUCUGGUGAAAGGGGACUGGAGCAUUAUGACAGUCAAGUCUUUAAAAGCUUAUGAGUUCCCAGAGUCCUUGCCGAGUAGCCGCUGCCUCCGCUGAUGUUGUCGGAUGUCAAUAAAGAGAGGUUGAAGGCAACACUUCUAAUGGAGCAGGUAACAUCGAAAGGUGCUGGCUUGAACCCCAACGCCAAAGUGUGGCAAGAAGUGCCCCAGGGCAGUGCUGAGGCCGUGCCCCCCACCAAUGGCACAGAGCACACAUGGCAGGAGACCGCGGCAGCCCAGGGGACUCCGGCCGAGGGUAACAUAGAGAUCUCAGAGGACAGCUGCAAGCAGUAUGAAGUGAUGUAUUCCCCGGCCUGUGAAGCCCCAAGGAAUGGCACAGGAGUUGAUGAGGCAUCAGCAAAUGGAAUUGUCCUGGCGACUGAAGAUCUGGGGUACCAAAUCUAUGAAGUGUCUGGUGAUGGCAGCUCCACGGUGUCCACAGAAGACAUUAGAGAAUGUUUGAGAAAACAGCUUGAAUUCUGCUUCUCUCGAGAGAAUCUUUCAAAGGAUCUCUACUUGAUGUCUCAGAUGGACAGUGAUCAGUUCGUUCCAAUAUGGACAAUUGCCAACAUGGAAGGGAUUAAGAAGCUGACAACGGACAUGGACCUUAUUCUUGAAGUUUUGAGAUCUUCUCCUAUGGUACAAGUGGAUGAAAGGGGGGAGAAAGUCAGACCAAACCACAAACGAUGUAUUAUCAUUCUCCGGGAGAUCCCUGAAACUACACCAAUAGAGGAGGUGAAGGCUCUGUUCAAGAAUGAGAACUGCCCCAAGGUGAUAAGCUGUGAGUUUGCUCACAACAACAACUGGUACGUUACAUUCCAGUCCGACACAGACGCUCAACAGGCGUUCAAAUACUUAAGGGAAGAAGUGAAAACCUUUCAGGGCAAGCCAGUAAUGGCCAGGAUAAAAGCCAUCAACACGUUUUUUGCUAAGAAUGGUUACCGGGUGGUGGAUUCCAGUGUGUAUCCCCAGCCUGUGCAGACCCAAGCCCAGUUUGCCUCCCCCCUGUUUAUGCAGCCUGUAUAUAGCCCUCAGCAGUACUCGAUUUACAGCAUCGUGCCUCAGACCUGGUCUCCAAAUCCUGCACCUUACUUUGAGACUCCACUGGCCCCGUUUCCCAACGGUGGAUUUGUGAAUGGCUUUAAUACACCAGGAUCAUACAAAACAAAUGCUGCUUCUCUCAGUAUAGGUCGCCCAUUCCACAGGAAUCGGGUGAAGCCCCAUUUCCGCUCGUCCAGCAGCUCCGAGCACCCCGAGGGGCCGCCCGGCGCCGGGGCCCUGCCCAUGGGCGACCUGGGCAGAACCAGCUCGAGGAAUUUUGUCAUGGAGCGGCACAGCAGCUCCUUAACCGGGCACCAAGAGCAGGGCUAUGCCCAGAAGGAUUCUCCCGCGGCACAGCUGGAGCAGAACGGCGAUUUCGGCGUCGGCAGGGGCAGGAGGAACGUCUUCAGAGGUCGGAGGAGACGGGAGGACGACCGGGUUUCCAGACCUCAACCUUCAGCAGAAACAAAGACUCAGACACCAAAGUUUGACUUGCUUGCAUCCAAUUUCCCACCUUUGCCUGGCAGCACAGCAAAAAUUCUGGGAGAGCCUGUGCUGGAGAGCAGGAUGUCCGACAUCGUUAAAGGAGUCUGCAAAGAGAAGGAAAGCAAAGACUCCCUCUGCCCCUGCCCGGCUCCUGCUCCGGAGGAACAAACGCCCAGCGCUGCCCAGCCCGUGCCCAGCGUCAGCUCCCUGAACCAGGCUGAGCCUGUGCUGCUGAGCACGGUUCAGCCAGAGAGCAAACCAGAAGAAGUGUCUGCUCCAAAGGACGUGGCCAGCCCGGCUUCUCCGCCGGCAUCCGUCUGUCCCAUCAGUGCUGCCAAGCCAGCGAGGACAAACACCUCCUCACCCUCUGCUCAAGCAAGUGCAGCUCCUGCUCUGUCGACACAGGAGCCUCGCAAGCUCAGCUACGCCGAAGUUUGCCAGAAACCCCCAAAGGAGCCACCUCCAGUCCCCGUCCAACCUCUGCGGGAGCACCGCACCAACAUCGUCCCCCCUGCCAAAAACGAAGACAACGGUACGGCGGAGAAGGCUCCGGAGAAGGCUCCUCACGAGAGGCCCGAAGCUCGAAUGAAGGAUUACCCCGGCUUCCGCGGCCCCGGGGCUCCCAGGGGAGCUGCUGGCAAAAUCAGGGAACAGAGGCGCCAGUUUGGACGCAGAUCUUCGCCUCAGGGAGCGCCGCGCCGCGUGGGCAAGGAGCAGCACGUGGGCAAGGAGCAGCACGUGGGCAAGGAGCAGNACGUGGGCAAGGAGCAGUACGUGGGCAAGGAGCAGUACGUGGGCAAGGAGCAGUACGUGCCACCCCGGUCACCAAAGUAACGCUGGGCCAGCCAAGGAUUCUCUGUUUCACUUCAGCUGUGGACUAAAGA